AUGGCGUCGGGGGCGCCGCUGGGCUGCUCGCUGCGGCGGCUCAAGAGCGACUCGCACUGCCAGAUCAGCUGCUACUUCGACCAGCACUACAUGGGGAUCCCCGAGCAGCAGCUGAAGGCGCUGCAGACCUCCACCACGCUGUACGUGGGCAACCUCUCCUUCUACACCACCGAGGAGCAGAUCCACGAGCUCUUCUCCAAGUGCGGAGACGUCAAGCGCAUCGUCAUGGGGCUGGACAGAGUGAAGAAAACCCCUUGCGGCUUCUGCUUUGUGGAAUACUACACAAGAGCAGAAGCUGAGCACUCUAUGCGGUUCAUCAAUGGAACCCGGCUGGAUGACCGCAUCAUCCGAACAGACUGGGAUACCGGGUUCAAGGAAGGGCGGCAGUAUGGCCGUGGGAAGGCAGGUGGCCAGGUUAGAGACGAAUACCGGACAGACUACGAUGUUGGGAGAGGUGGCUUUGGCAAGAUCAUUCAGAUGCAGAAAUCAAAUCAGCAGACAGUGAUUUACUAGCAGCUUCUUGGAUUGAAGGCAAAAGGAAGAGGAAGACCGGAUUCUUCUCGGACUGUGGGGGGGGGGGGCGAUGUUGUUCACAAUGGCAGAACUGUCCCUGGACUCUGAGGGUACAAAGCGGUGGUUUUGCCCCCUGGAGCUCUAGUGGCCCUUCUUGCUCUGGCUAAUGCAGGGGAUGUCUUCCAGGGUUAUGUGCUUGUUUGGCAAUGCCCAAAGCGCAGAGCUAAGGAAUCCCAACCCUGUCACAAUCUCUGGCCCAGCUGGAUUAGGACAGGAGGCAGACAGUGGUCUGUGGAAUUUGACUGGCUCUUUGCUCUCCUGGCUUUUCCAGUGCAGUACCUUUGGUGUCCUGGUUUGCCUGUUUUGAAUCCUUUAUUCUUUUAAAGAUUCCUAAAUAAAUUGCACAUCCUGUAA